CUGGUGGAGUGAGUGCGCGAGCGUGUGAGCGCGUGAGCGAGUGGCUUGGGGAGAAGACUUAUGGUGUAACAUUUGCAGACUGGAAACCGGAAACCGGAAACUGGAAACUCGACAGGGAAAUCCAAUGGCUGUUGGAAGUGAAGAAGUGAAGUGAUCACUGACUACGGACGGUCUUGUCCAAUGUGAGAGGACUUGCAUGUACUGUAAGGUUAAAUGAGAGGAGAAGGCCCCUGCACUUUUGAGCCUCUUUUCACCUCUGCGUCUUCGAACCAGUCACCACCCUCAAUGGUCACAGCUGACAACUUCACCAUGCUUCCUCCUUCGCACCCCUAUUACCCCGAGGGUGUUCUUCUGUCAGAAGAGUUCAUCGGAAAUACCUGGAGCGUGCCAACACUCAUCCUGACCUUUGCAACUGGGUGUGCUCUGCUACUCUUCGUGACUUUUGUGGCCGUUCGACAUGCAAAUCCAGCAUUGAAGCCCCCGGAUCAGUGGAAAGUCCUCUGGUUUGUCCUGACUGGCUCUAUUCACGUCUUCUUCGAGGGUUACUUUGUUUACAACCAUUCUCGAAUGCCAAGCAUGCAAGACUUCUUUGGCCAACUAUGGAAAGAGUAUGCAUUGAGCGAUUCGAGGUACAUGUCAUCCGACAGUUUAGUCCUCUGUACAGAGAGCUUGACAGUGCUUACCUGGGGCCCUCUGUCUCUAUUGACAGCUGUACUGAUUACAAGGCAGUCACAGUUCCGCCAUCCCGUCCAAGCUCUGGUAUCGACCGGCCACUUUUACGGGAACCUCAUCUAUUAUUCAACCUGCUUGUAUGAAGGUUUCGCUCUCGGAAAGCGUUACUAUCGCCCGGAGCCGUACUAUUUCUGGUGGUAUUUCGUCUUGAUGAAUACUUUCUGGCUUGUCAUUCCCGCUAUCUGUUUGAGCAACAGCAUUUCAGCCUCGGCCAAUGCAUUUGCUGUGGCUGACAAAGUUAACGAUGGACCUGAAAAGAAGAGGACGUAAUCGUCGAGAAUUUGAUGGAAUGUUGUUGCCCAGUCACUAGAUUGAGUAGAAUAACCUCUUCCAGGGGGUCUCCAUGGGAAGCUGCCCAUCAUUGUACUGGAUCUCCAAGGUGCAAGUAGUAUCCUCAGGAAUGAGGGGGGCAAAUAGCCAUGUACCUCCGUACCAGAAUCAGGUUUGCGUAGACAAACGGUUAAGAUAAAUUGAUGCCCC